AACACGAAUGUAGCCAAACUUGAGCCGACCCGACCCGACUAGAUAAUAAGGCAACAAAGCCAACAAUCGACCAUUCAUCCACCAUCCUUGUUACCAAUUCCACUCUCUUCGUGUUGGUUUCUCUGUGAUCAUCAAUAUUUCUUUCACCAUUAUUAAUUAUUUGCAUUCUUAAUUUCAAUAAUUUGCAUUCCUCCAAUUUGAAGAUUUGAAGUCAAUAGUUUGGUUUAUUGGAUGCAAGAAGUUCCAGAUUAUUGAAUUCCAGAGUUUCUCUCUUUUAGGGAAUUGUCUUUGUUACACAGGGAAUGGGAGUUCGCCGGUGUCUUGAAGUGUGGAAGCUGGGCACUGUUAACUACUUGAAUGCACUUAAGCUGCAGGAGAAGUUGGUUUCUGAUAGAAAAGCUCAAAAGAUAGCAUGUACUCUUCUUUCAUUGCAACAUCCUCCUACAUAUACACUCGGAAAGCGUAGAACAGAUCACAAUUUGCUAGUUCCCGAGCCUGAGUUGGUACAUAUGGGAGCUGAGCUACAUUACACUCAAAGGGGAGGGGACAUAACAUUUCAUGGUCCACAUCAAGCCAUAUUGUAUCCUAUCAUAUCUCUUCGUGAUAUUGGAGUUGGUGCUCGUAGUUAUGUGGAAAAACUUGAGCAAACGAUGAUUGAUCUUGCAUCCAUGUAUGGAGUCAAAGCUCACCCUGGACAUAAAGGUGAAACUGGGGUUUGGGUUGGAGAUAGAAAGAUUGGUGCAAUUGGUGUUCGUAUACAAUCUGGUAUUACAUCUCAUGGUUUGGCAUUCAACAUUGAUCCUGAUAUGAACUAUUUCAAACAUAUCGUCCCCUGUGGGAUUUCAGAUAAGGAAGUUACAUCCUUAAAAAGAGAGACAAAUAUUGAACUUCCUGCUGAAGAAGUGCUUCAGGAGCAGUUAAUACAUUGUUUUGCUAAACAAUUUGAUUUUAGUCCAGUUUUGUUAGAUAAAAGCAACAUUGAAUGAAUUUCGUAUUUCCCCGUUGAUCUAACUCUUAAAUUUUCCCGUACAUCAUACACCUAUACUUUUCAUUGUCUGAGACAUAGCUCUUUAGCUUUUGAAAUUUGAAAUGGCCAUCCCUACAAAAUAAUAAAAAAAGGGGACAAAAACAGGUAAAAACAAAAGGAAAUGUCUUAUACUUCCUGAAACUAUGUAUUGUGGUGAUUUAUGGUAAACAUUGUUAGCGGAUCUGGUGACAUUAUCUGGUAUUACAUGGUUCCAGGUUGAUGGAUGGGAUCAGAAGUCUCGAAGUGGAAAGAGGUUUUGUGUAAGUUUACUUCUACUCGGUUGCCAGUUUCAUACCUCUUCCUCUUCUCUCCCUAUGACAGUGUAAAACAUAAAUGCUGCAGUAGUUCAGUAAAUAUUACAGUAGUUAUAUCUAAUGUAAUAGAUCAAAUAAAAUUACUUAAGGAGCUUUCUUGCACCAUUUAAUUUACAUAGAAUUUGGUAUUACACUAGGACUAGUCAAAUUCAAGCUCAUAAUAAAACAUGUUGGUUUAUAUUAUGGCAACAUAGUAUGGGAGUGAUGAACAAUAUAUACUUUUCUCACAUAUAUUAUAAGGUUCCCAUAUUCUUCAAGCUUGAAUUUUAGUUUUUUGUAUUACUUAAGAUAUAUUGGAUGACAAAGCUAUGAAAGUACCUUAUAAUAAUUGUAUAAGUCUAUUUUUGGUAGCAUGAUUCAUUGUAUGAGAAAGAAAUUAACAGUCAAAACGCAACUACGAAAGCGUGGUUGUAGUUGUCUUGUACUAAAUAUCUGGAGGAAUUUAUUUGUUAACGGAAUAUUUUUAUACGGAGUAAUUUGUUCACAUGUUGAUGUGUAUUUACUCCCAUAAUGUCUUGCUACUAUAUCUGCAAAGCCUUUCAUUUAAAGCCAUGAUGUUGAGUUUUGUCAUAAUGUCUGGACUGUGCUGUACGGAGACCCCAUUGCCAGUUGUUUUUACUUAUUUUGAGAGGUGAACCACAAGCGCUUGCUAAUAUGGGUGCGCGGGGGUGCCUAUGGCUCUUGCCUUCAAGUAGCAUGAAUAAAGAAAUAGAAAAAGGGCUUUUUAAAUGAAUAAUUGGGAUUCAUCAUGUAGUUCAGAUGAAUAUCUGAUCCACUCCCUUAUUACCAUGCUGAAACCAGCUACUGUGAGAACGAAAGAGUCUUAGAGGCUUUGGUUCGGUUGGAGAACUAUAAAGGGUUCUCCAUUGUACUUAGUAUUAUUCGUCCGUCUGUGAAGGAGGGAAUAUUAUUUUUGGGGUAUGGACUAUGGAGAUUAUUCAAUAUCUUUUCCUCUGAAGACAGAACAUUGGAAAACAGCAGUCAGAAACUACAGUUAAGAAUUUGUUACUCUUCUGUAGAAGCGUGCUUUCCCAGCUAACCUUGGCUGUUUAUGAUGUUCUUAAGAGAUACUGGAAGAGAUUAAGCAUUUUAAUAUGGAAAAGGGGACAGAUAACUGAGAGAACUGACUCAAUGUCAUGUGAUCAGUCACAUGAGGCAUGUCUGUUUAAAAUUUUGAUAAAUUAGGCUAUCAAACAUACAUAAUGCCUGUCAAUUCAUUAUCACAUGAUUAGCAGCUUCUGAGCUCUGAAUCCUACAAAAUUUGAAGUAAAGAUCUUAUGAUUAUGCUUUAUAAACUUUAUUUACCGGACCUGAGUUUCAGAACAAGCUUGUAAAACUGUAAAAUCUUAACUGCUGUAUAUUUCUGUUUAACUUAGUUGUAUCUGUAUUAUUCCGUUUAACUAGUAAUAAGUCGUUUCACCUUAGCUACUAGUGUCGCAUCUUUCUAUGUAUAGAGUGGGUGGAAAUUGAGGAGUUAAAAAAUUCUUUAGUUAAAUGCUAGGUGUUGUGAUUAUGAUAUUGUGUGUAUCUAAUAUCUUGAGUUUCUUGACCUGGUUGGUUUUUUGUGGAACAGGAAGCAUAACCAAAUACUCUGCCCGUAUCUGCAUAUUAAAUUAUACAUGGAUAAGUGGUUAUUAAAAUACUGAAGUUGCUUCUAAUCAAUGUUUCUUGGUCAGGCAUAGACCUCAUGUCAGAAAGUUACAUGACUAUAUUCCUCAUCUUGAAGGCAGAACCUGAGAAAAAUCACAUUUCAUUUGAUACAUGUAGCUCGCUAUCCCUUCUGAACUGAAAAGCCAUGAAAAUUGCUCGAAGAUUUUUGUCUGUCUUAGUUUUUUAUAUUCUCAUUCACUGUGCCAUGGGUUCUUUCUUCACUCUGCAGUACCACCAAGGAAUGACUCGCCCUAGGGAAAGAAGUCAUCCAAGAAAACUGCUUUCUUCAUUUUCACAAAAUCUUUCUGAUCUAAACCAGUUGAAUGAAGCAGCAAAGAGGCCUGUACAAGCUUUCUUGCCGACCAGUUUGAGGAGGAGGGCGCCAUUGACUGGUUCAAAUCCUACGACGAAUAAGCUUCCUUGUCAGUGUUAGUCUUCAGAUCAGUGUAGGAAAGGGUAGUUAAAUUUCAGUUCUUUCUACUUUUUUGCAAGGUCUCUGCAUCCAUUUCCCUAUCAGCAUGAUACAGAGGAGAUAGAUCAUUGCAGAGAUUUUUCUUUAGAUCCCUCGCCUUUUUAAGUGUUUUUUUUUUUUUUUUUUUUUUUUUUUUUUGGUUUUUGUUUUUGUUAUGAGAGUAGUAGAAGUGUAAUUAGUUAAUUAAGAUACUAUAAUUAAAGAAUUAUCAAUCAUAUGUGCAAAAGUGUUGGUGUUAAUUGUGAUUUGCAAGUAUAGUUUGAUCACUUUGUUGUAAAAGAGAGCUGAUCUAAUUUUAAACUUAAUUUGAUGUACCUCAUUAUAACAUUAAAUUUUUUUCUGUAGAUUUACAUUACAUUGAUUGCAUGACAUUUGAUAUAUACUGUGCUGAUUGUGGAAAAGGGAAAUAACCAGAAAAACUAAUUGAACUCGAAAUCUUGAAUCAAGAUCUUAUAUAUGCAUGAUUGGUGAUUUAUCACCCUGAUGUGAAUUCUAAGACAGAAAUAGCAUACUGCUUGGUUUCUUAUUUACUUCGUUACUGAUUCUUUAAUAUAAAAGUUCAUUGACUAUGGGGUAAUAAGCUCUCAUCUGUUUAUCAUAUGUGAGCUCUUCCUCUGUUUUUCAUAUGUAAGCUUAUCAUCUGUUUAUCAUAUGUAAGAUUUCAAGCCUUCAAAAUUUGUUAAAUAUCAGUAUUUAUCUUUUUGUGUGCAUGUGUACAUUCCUCUGUUUUACUUGCUCUAUUUGAAUCAGAUAGUAGAAUUGAACUAAAAACAGAGAAUUAAUAGUGAGAUUAAAGGAGAUGAAAUUUGCGAAAGAGAGACAUUGGCAAUUUGCCACUAGAUCCUGGUGUACUGCCUGCAUGAACAAAGAGAAAUGAGUAUCCCCAGUUGAGUCAAAGCAGUAAUCCUUGCACUGUGGUUGGAGCAUUUGUGUUCAAGUCUAUACUUAACAGAUGUGGCAUUAAUCAAAUAUCAUGCCCUGUUUCCGGGGUUCUAGUAGUUGGUGCUUCAGGUAGAUUUUCUUGACAAAGUAUGCUGUUUUUAUUCUUCUUUUAAAUACUACGAGCUGUAUAAUUUCCUGCUAAAUUUUCCUUACUUUCAAAAAUAAAGACAGUGCUAAACAGCUGACUGUUUAGUAAUAUAUGAGAAUUUUUAACAUCACCCUAUCGUCUCUACCGAGCCAGCCUCCAACAGGCACAGGAGAGACUGUUUAGUAAUAUAUGAGAGUUUUUAACAUCACCCUAUUGUCUCUACCGAGAGAGGGGGUAGAGCUGUGGGGUUUGGAUGUAUGCAGGUCUGCGACUAUACCCUUGCAUUAACAGAGGUUGUUCUAGUUGUUCCUUAGUUUUAUGCACAAUAAGUGUACAUUUUUUUUUCAGAAAAUUGUUAGGAAACAUAAAAAGUAUUAUGAACCUUUUAAUUUGGUCUAUUAUGUUUCAAACGUCUAAGAAUGGAUGAAUUUCUUACUCUUUUAGAAAUGAACCAAGAACUACAUGUGGACAUUGCAAAAUCAGCCCAGUAUGUUUAUAAGUAAUUUUUUAUUUAUUUAUUUAUUUUUUUUGAAACCAAUUUUUUUUUUAUUUAAUUUGAUUAUAAUAAUUAAUAGCCAAUUUGGAAAAUUAUCAUGUCAAAAACAGUGGAAAAAAAAAAAAUAAUAAUAAUAUUCACAUUUUAGGAUUAUUUCCUUAUGCAGAAGCAAUCUCCUGAUUUGCAUAUCAAAGAUAUCCUGCUAGAUAUGGAAGUAUAUCAGCUGCUUGAUUUUUCUAUUCACAUUUCUCAAAUUAUUAUGAUACAGAAUAGAUUGGAUUCAAAGGAGAAAAAAAAAAGUAUUUAUAUAUAUGAAUUAUGUUACUAGGAAUUGACCAUUCUGUAUAAUUACUGCAUGUGUUUUGUCUAAAAUGAAGUGUUAAGCGUCCAUGCUCGUGUCAUAGUCUGAGUUAUAAAGCAGGCAAAUUUUCAAUUUUGUUUAGCCACCCUUGCCUUCUUCACUAAUUGUCUGAGCAUAGACAAUUCCAGAAGUAUUUCUGUCACAGAGUGAUGUGCAAAAUGCAGUUAAAGUGUCAAAAGCUGAUUCUUCAUAAGCACAGCACCGUGACAGAAGAAAACAGAGGAAUAGGUGCUGAAAGGGGGGAGCCGGAGAGGCCGCUUCAGGGUCUUAUCCCCGAUCUUAACCUUCCCCCAGACUGCAGCCAACAGUUAAACAGCUCAGAGGAUUCCGUUGAUGUACUCAAGAAGCUUGACUCUCAUGAGCUCACAGUCAAUGCAUCAAAUUCUAAGGUUUCUUCUUAUUCAGAGAAGCUACUUCCAUUCAACAAGCGGAAGAGUCAGUAUUAUGUUUAUCCGGAAGAAGGGGAAAAUGUUGUGCCUGCAAUUCAAAAGAAUGGCUGUCCUAGAGGUGAGAUGAAGAGACAAAAAUAUAGGAGCUUACAAAGUAUUUACAGCAGUACUAGGCCAAUUUCUUCUGUUUGAGAAAUUGAGAGUGAUAGUAAGAGGAUGAUCUGAUGAGAAAAUUUAGAACAGUUGAUUUUCUAUUGUACUUUCUGUUUGUUAGAUUCAUCCAAUAACUUAUCUUGCUUGUUAAAUUUAACAGUAGUAUAACCAUAGUUAUAUUGCUGUAUUUGUAGCUGAAAAUGCUUUCGAGAUAUUCUUAAUCAAAAUUUGACUGUCAAAAGAGAAACCAA